CGUUAUGAACGUCAUGCUAAUAAUAUUUUACAAGUGACAAGACAUCUCAAUGCAUUUGCUAAUACGAAUGCACGUAACACUCUUUUUACCUUAAGUGAAGCAAUGGGAGUUGCUCAACAUCAUGAUGCCGUUAGUGGUACAGAAAAACAAGAAGUUGCUUUUGAUUAUGCACAACGAUUAUCUGAAGGCCUUCAAGCAGCUGCGGGCAUUAUCAACCAAGCAUAUGCUAAACUAUUACCUAAAGAUAGUCAAUCACCACCAAUUCAAUUUCAAUUUCUUUGUCAAUUAUCAAAUAUUAGUCAAUGUUUAGGUAUUGAAGGUCAAGAACGCUUUACAGUCACAUUAUGGAAUCCACUUAUUCAUCAGGUCACACAACAUAUUCGUGUGCCUGUUAGAACAGAUUAUACAGUUCGUGAUCCAACAGGAGAAACUCUUUUUACAGAACUUGUUCCAGUAUCACAAGCAGUACAAAAUAUUCCAGGUCGUACAAGUCUAACACAAAAACAAAUUAUCUUUAAAGCUACAUUACCAGCUCUUGGUUUUAAUACUUAUUAUUUUGAAAAGAAACCUGAUCAAGAAAAGAAUGAAAAAUCUGCAGUAAAAAUAACACAUAACGAAGAAUGUACUUUAAAAAAUCAACAUCUCCGAGUGGAUUUUGAUGAUCAAGGUAAUCUACAUCAAAUUGUUAAUUUGGAUAAAAAUACUGGUGUACAAUUCAAGAGUCAAGGUUUUUAUUGGUAUCAAGGUUUUGCUGGUAAUAAUUCUCGGCCAGAAUUUCAAGCAUCAGGUGCUUAUAUUUUUCGACCACUUGCAUCUGACCCACAACCAGUCAGCACUACACGAUCAAUAACAUGUAUAAAAUCAGAAAGUGUUCAAACAGCAAUAGUUAC